AUGCUUAAAUUCCAAAAAAAGAAUAAAAACUCAACUUAAAACUUUUUAAAAAAAGUUUAUAGUAGUCUGGACUUAUUUGGGCAACCUCCAGCAUUUAAAAUUUUAAAACAAGAAAAGUUUACAACUUCUUUGGGAUUUUUAUUCACUGUUGGUAUAUCAGUGGUCUGCAUUCUUUAUAUGAUGAUUUAAUUAGAAGAUUUAUACUCUAAAGCAGGUCCUCGUGUAACAAUGUCUGAAGAACAAGUAGUGGACACAAGUGUAAUAUUUGAUAGUAAAUAUAGGCAUAUUCUUUGGAGAUGAAAAAUUAUACAAUAGGGAUCACAAUGGCUAAUAUAUCAUUAGGUUCUCUAUAAACAUUGGGUACUCAUUUUACAAUGACUGUAUAAAAUUGUAAAAGAGAAAGAUUAAUAGACCCAACCACUAAUAAAACAGUGAUAUCCUAAAAGUAAUUAAUUAUAGAAUUUAGUUGUACCAAAUACCCAACAGAACCCUGUAGUGAAAAACAUUUUGUAACAGACUUAUAAAAAGCUUAUUUUUCAAAAAUUAAACUUGGUUUUGUCUAAUGUUUUAAUGUAGAAUAGUGGCAAAAUACUCCUCCUGUAAGAAUAUUUUAUGAAGUUUUAGUAACUUUAAGGGACAGUUUAAGGGACAGUAUAUUAAUAUUUAUAGAUUACAAUUUCAUAAUGUAAAAAUACCACAAAUAAAACUGAUUGUGCCCCACCUGAGAAAAUUUGGAAAGAAUUGUAAACAGGAUAUUAUGCCGUUCAUUUAAUUGAUAAUUUAGUUUAAAUGAAAAACCCAGGUACUCCAUUCAAAGAUAUAAUUAACUUAUAAUAUACAACAUUUUCAAAUUCAACUUCAAAAUCUAUAUUCCAAAGCUUUAAAAUAACAUAAUCUGAUACAGAUAUAGGAUAUGUUAUGGAAGAUAUUCAGACUGAAUAUGGAUUAGUAUAAUCAUAAAAUCGAGAAAGUUAAGAUAACUAUAACAAUUAAUUUAUUAUUUAACAUAUAAUAAAUUUAGAUUCAAGAUAAGCUUCUUAUAAUAGAGAGUAUUAAAAACUUUAAGAUAUCUUUGGAAAUGUUGGUGGUCUUUGGUAAAUUUUAUUUUUAGCUAUGAGUGCAUUAUUAUAACCAGUAACAUCAACCUUCAUGAAUUUGCAGAUGGCAAAUAAAUUAUUUAGAUUUGAAAGUUAAUCAAAUUAAGAAGCUCUUUAAGCAUAAUAAAGUUCUAAUUCUAUUGAUGAAGUUAAAGAGGAUAUGAAAAAAUCAUCUUUUCCAACUAAAACUAAUUUUAAAGGUUCUUAAUAAUUAGAUCUUGAAAGUAGGAAAUCUUAUACUAGUAAAAAAUCUCUUGGAAAAUCCAUGAGCAAAUCUAUUUUUGUUAAAAAUACUGAUAAAAUUAAUAAUCAUUAAUAAAUGAUUUAAUUGUUAAAAUAAAGAAAAUAAUCUCUUAACUUAUCUAUGAGAGAUAUUAUUGUAAUGAGUUUUGGAUGUAGAAAAAAAGAAAAAUAACUUAUAAAUUAUGCAACUGAAAAAUUCAUGAACAAAUUAGAUAUAGCUAAUUUGAUUUCAAAAGUAUAUGAAAUAGAUCGUUUAAAAUUAAUCCUACUUAAUGAAUAGUAACAAAAAUUGUUUAAUUAUUUACCUAAACCUAUUAUUCCUGAAGCUAUUUUCGGAGAUGACUUUUAAAAAAAGAUGAAAAUAGUUGAAUCUAAACAAGCUUAUAAAGUUAUUUUAUAGGAUGAAAAACCUGAAUUUAUGAGAUUACAAGAAGCAUUCGUUGCAUAUGUUAAAAUAUAAUAAAAAGAUGAUAUCUCAGAGGUUGAUAAAAAAAUUCUUGAUAUUAUUGAUGAAGAUAUUUUAGAGUUUUUCGAGAAUUUGUACAGCAACACUACAAAAUUAGAAAAUAUAUUUUAAGAUAGCCCUAUGAAGUUGCAAUUAUAAUUUUCUGACAUUGAAUCUCCCAAAUCUAACUUUCAGCCUGAGUUUGAUGAAGAUAUGGCUAAUUAAAUUCCUGUUUUACCUGCCAUGCUUAGAUCUUAGGAAUGA